CCUCUCGCGAGGAGGUGGAGGUGGAGGAGGAGGAGGAGGAGGAGGAGGCGCCGCUGCGGCCGCCGCCGCCGCCGCCGCCUACACAGCCAACGCCAACGGGGCUUUCCCGCUUGCUCCCGAUGGAGUUUGAGGCCGUGGAGCCGCAGCCGAGCUGUGCCCCGGGGAAAGGAGGCGCCUUCGUCGCCGACCCCCGUCACCGCCGUCGCCCCGGGGCUCCCCGGAGCGGUCCGUAGCGACCCCGCCCGGGCCCUCAGCUAACAUAACACUACACAGUGAAAUAAUGGUCUGCUAGACUGCUAAACAAGCAUCCAGUUUCCACAAUGCCUGUGCAAGCUGCUCAGUGGACAGAAUUCCUGUCCUGUCCAAUCUGUUAUAAUGAAUUUGAUGAGAAUGUGCACAAGCCCAUCAGUUUAGGUUGUUCACACACCGUUUGCAAGACCUGCUUAAAUAAACUUCACCGAAAAGCAUGCCCUUUUGACCAGACUGCCAUCAACACAGAUAUUGAUGUGCUUCCUGUAAACUUUGCACUUCUCCAAUUAGUUGGAGCCCAGGUACCAGAUCAUCAAACAGUAAAAUUAAGUAAUCUAGGAGAGAAUAAGCACUAUGAGGUUGCAAAGAAAUGUGUUGAGGAUUUGGCACUCUACUUAAAACCACUAAGUGGAGGGAAGGGUGUUGCUAGUUUGAAUCAGAGUGCACUGAGCCGUCCAAUGCAAAGGAAACUGGUGACUCUUGUAAAUUGUCAGCUUGUGGAAGAAGAAGGUCGUGUAAGAGCUAUGCGAGCAGCACGAUCACUUGGGGAAAGAACUGUAACUGAAUUGAUUUUACAACACCAGAACCCUCAGCAAUUAUCUGCCAAUCUAUGGGCUGCUGUCAGGGCUCGGGGAUGCCAAUUCUUAGGACCAGCUAUGCAAGAAGAGGCCUUAAAGUUGGUAUUACUGGCCCUGGAAGAUGGUUCUGCUCUUUCAAGGAAAGUUUUGGUACUUUUUGUUGUCCAAAGACUAGAACCAAGAUUUCCUCAGGCAUCAAAAACAAGUAUUGGCCAUGUUGUGCAGCUACUGUAUCGUGCUUCUUGUUUUAAGGUCACCAAAAGGGAUGAAGAUUCUUCUCUGAUGCAGCUAAAGGAAGAAUUUAGAAGUUAUGAGGCUUUGAGAAGGGAGCAUGAUGCCCAGAUAGUUCAUAUUGCUAUGGAAGCAGGGCUUCGUAUAUCACCAGAACAGUGGUCUUCACUUCUCUAUGGUGAUUUGGCACAUAAAUCACAUAUGCAGUCCAUCAUUGAUAAGCUUCAGUCUCCAGAAUCCUUUGCAAAGAGUGUCCAGGAGUUGACAAUUGUUUUGCAGCGUACAGGUGAUCCAGCAAACCUAAAUCGAUUGAGACCUCAUUUGGAACUUCUUGCAAACAUAGAUCCUAAUCCAGAUGCUGUCUCACCAACUUGGGAGCAAUUAGAAAAUGCAAUGGUUGCUGUAAAGACUGUGGUGCAUGGACUUGUGGACUUUAUUCAGAACUAUAGUCGUAAAGGCCAUGAAACACCACAGCCGCAGCCAAAUAGCAAAUAUAAAACUAGUAUGUGCCGAGAUCUGCGACAGCAGGGGGGGUGUCCACGAGGAACAAAUUGUACAUUUGCUCAUUCUCAGGAAGAGCUUGAAAAAGAUAUAAUUUUUCCUCUGAGGACUGCUUUAGCUGCACCCCCCAAAUUUUGGUAUCGUUUAAGGAACAAAAAGAUCACAGCAACUGUACGAACAUUUCCUCUCCUAAAUAAAGUUGGCGUAAACAAUACUGUCACAACUACAGCUGGAAAUGUCAUUUCUGUCAUAGGAAGUACUGAAACAACUGGGAAACUUGUUCCAAGUACCAAUGGGAUUUCAAGUGCAGAAAAUAGUGUUUCCCAGCUAAUCCCCCGUGGUGCUGACACCACAUUAAGAGCUUUGGAGAAUGUGAAGAAAGUAGGGAAGGUUGGCUCCAGUGGUCAGAAUAUCUCUGGGGCUUCUGCAGAAUCUGUAACUGAAAAUAAAAUUGGCUCUCCACCCAAGACUCCUGUAAGUAAUGUAGCAGCUACCUCAGCUGGGCCCCCUACUGUUGGAACAGAGCUGAAUUCAGUGCCUCCAAAAUCCAGCUCAUUUGUAACUAGAGUACCUGUAUAUCCUCAGCCUUCUGAAAGCAUCCAGUAUUUUCCAGAUCCAAGGACCCAGAUAUCCUUUGAAGUUCCACAGUACCCACAGACAGGAUACUACCCACCACCUCCAACGGUACCAGCUGGUGUGGCUCCCUGUGUUCCUCGUUUUGUGAGGUCCAAUAAUGUUCCAGAAUCUUCCCUCCCACCUGCUUCUGUGCCAUAUGCUGAUCAUUACAGUACAUUUCCCCCUCGAGAUCGAGUGAAUUCCUCUCCUUACCAGCCUCCUCCUCCGCAGCCGUAUGGACCAGUUCCCCCAGUACCUUCUGGAAUGUAUGCUCCUGUAUAUGACAGUCGGCGCAUCUGGCGUCCACCAAUGUACCAACGAGAUGACAUUAUUAGGAGCAAUUCUUUACCUCCAAUGGAUGUGAUGCAUUCAUCUGUCUAUCAAACAUCUUUGCGAGAAAGAUAUAGUAAUUCUUUAGAUGGAUAUUAUCCAAUGGCAUGUCAGCCACCCAGUGAACCAAGAACAAGUGUACCUUUACCGAGGGAACCUUGUGGUCAUUUGAAGACUAGUUAUGAGGAUCAGUUAAGACGAAAACCAGAACAGUGGGCGCAGUAUCAUACCCAGAAAGCACCCCUUGUUUCUUCAACACUUCCUAUGGCAACACAGUCACCGACACCACCUUCUCCUCUGUUCAGUGUAGACUUUCGUACUGAGUUCUCCGAGAACGUAAGUGAUGUACGUGGUACAAAAUUUGAGGAAGAUCAUCUUUCCCAUUAUUCACCUUGGUCCUGUGGCACCAUAGGCUCUUGUAUAAAUGCCAUUGAUUCAGAGCCCAAGGAUGUAAUUGCUAAUUCAAAUGCUGUAUUAAUGGAUUUGGACAGUGGAGAUGUUAAAAGGAGAGUACAUUUAUUUGAAACUCAAAGAAGGGUUAAAGAAGAAGAUCCUAUAAUUCCUUUUAGUGAUGGACCCAUUAUCUCCAAAUGGGGUGCAAUUUCCAGAUCUUCCCGAACAGGUUAUCAUACCACAGAUCCUAUACAGGCCACUGCUUCCCAAGGAAGUGCUACUAAACCUAUCAGUGUAUCAGAUUAUGUCCCUUAUGUCAAUGCUGUUGAUUCAAGGUGGAGUUCAUAUGGCUCUGAUUCUACUACUUCAACACACUAUAUAGAACGGGAUAGAUUUAUUGUUACUGAUUUAUCCAGUCAUAGAAAGCAUUCCAGUACUGGAGAUCUUCUAAGCAUUGAACUUCAGCAGGCAAAGAGCAACUCAUUGUUGCUUCAGAGGGAGGCCAAUGCCCUAGCCAUGCAACAGAAAUGGAAUUCCUUAGAUGAAGCCAGUCACCUUACCUUAAAUCUCCUAAGCAAAGAAAUGGAAUUGAGAAAUGGAGAGAGUGAUUAUACAGAAGAUACAGCAGAUACUAAGCCUGAUAGAGAUAUUGAAUUAGAACUUUCAGCACUUGACACUGAUGAACCUGAUGGACAAAGUGAACAAAUAGAAGAAAUUCUGGACAUACAACUUGGUAUCACUUCUCAAAGUGAUCAGCUGAUGAAUGGAACUACAAUAGAAAAUGGCCACUCGCUAAAACAACACCCAAAGGAACCUGUGGAGCCCAAGAGACAAAGUUUAGGUGAAGACCAUGUGAUUCUGGAGGAACAAAAAGCAGUCCUGCCGGUAACUUCUUGCUUCAGCCAGCCAAUCCCAGCAUCUAUUAGCAAUGCAAGUUGCCUGCCCGUCACUACAUCUGUCAGUGUCAGCAAUCUCAUCUUGAAAACGGCUCAUAUUAUGUCUGAAGAUAAAAAUGACUUUUUAAAGCCUGUUGCAAAUGGGAAGAUGGUUAACAGCUGAAAUGAGGUCCAUCUUUGAAAUUUGUGACCACACAAUGGAAGCAUUUACACUAGCUUUUUAUAUAUAUAUAUAUAUAAUAUAUAUAUUAUAUAAUGUAUAUUUUUUUUAAAAAAAAUAAUACUGGGGGCAUCCAUUUCCUGUGGACUCUUUGAUACUUUGAGCCCUCUUACAUUAGCAUUCUGAAAAAAAAAAUAAGAAUUUACUUUAUUAGGGUAACAAGUUCACUUUCCAGAAAUGAUUGGAAUUUGGACAACAUUUUACUUAAGCUUAAAGCAGCUUUUUAUGAGUUUGUAGCAAUCCGGUGCAGUAACUGAGCCAUUCCUCUUUUAAUGGCUUCUAUAAAAAAAAAAUUAACAACUCAGUUAUUAAACUAGCAGGAUCCUACAAUGAUACAUCUAGUGAAAGUCAACGUAACUAACUUAUUUGUUUCUUUUUUAUUUCACUGAGGGAGAAUUUUCCAUCUUCUUGCUGCAGCUGCUUUAUUUAUCUUUUGUUAUGGAACUUUGCAUGGAAUUUUUUUUUUUAAAUUUUCCCUUCUGAAGAGUGAAGGUAGGCAAUCUGCCUUAGAUUUUUACAGGGUUAACACACUAGCUUUGCUCUAAUGCAUAAUGUGUAGAAGUGUGGUACAGUGCUUUGCUGUAGCGUUACAGUUUUUAAAAAAAAAUUCUCAUUUUUCCAGGAAUAAUCUUUGCUUUAUUACUGUUGAUAUUUAUAUACAGGCUACUUGUUUAAGUAAUUUAAAAUGUAACCAAGUGCCUAAGUCCUUCAGCUAAUGUAUUAGAUAUUGACUUCUCUUAAGUUAUAUGCAGAAUCGUUUUUAACAAUUUUGAUAAAUUAUGCACUAAUGUAAUGGCUGUUUUUUUAAUUCAGAUUUACACCUGUACAUUAUUGAAUCCAAUGACUUGGCAAAAGAAUCAGGUGCUUUUAGGCUUUCUUGUGGAAACCCUGUAUGUAGUGUUUGCACUGACUAACAAGAUGGUAUUGCUGGGUUUUAAUUUAAAUUAAUUUGGGGUGGGGUGGGAAAAUGUUCAUUGAAUUGUCUUGGUUAAAUAUUGUUCAUCAUAAUUUCAUGUUCACAAUUAAUUUUGCAUGUUCUUUGGCUAUUGAGUUUCAGAAGGCUGUGAAAUGUGUUAAUAAUAUGACAUUACCUGACUUCCAGUUAGACUGAAAAAACAAACUCCAACCAAAUAAGAAUGCUUUUUUGCCCUGCUGAAAUGUGACUGGAAAAGGUUGUUUUGACAUGGCAUCUGAAGGUAGAUAGUAUCAACUAAUUAUCCCCAAGUGUUCUAGAUAUUUUUUUUGAAGCUUAAAAUUGCACAGUCAACAUUUUGAAAACAAAAGCAGGACACUCCUUCCUGGUUACCUUAUCUGUAUGUAGUUUGUGUCUCUUUUCUUCCCCUAUUUCUUUGAGAUGAAUUUUACUUUUUUUAUUAUUUUUUUUUUUAUUAACUUCUGUGAAGUUGUUUAUUCUGAGAAUUGUACUGGAAUAUUUUAAGCCAAGCCAAUCUUUCACCAGGUGUACUGUAUGUAAGGGCUUUUCCUGCUAGCAAAAUGCUUAAACAGGAUCAUGUUAUUGGUCUUCUGAGUUGUUAAGUUGUUUUACAAAACCACAGCAAUGUAUCAGAUAAGAUUUUGAUAACAAAAGUUUUGUGCACAUUUCCAGGGGUGGGUGGGUGGGUCAGGGUGGGAGGACUGCCUUUUCCUUGAGGUUUCCUGAUCGGAAUAAGAAAAUGCCAGUGUUUGAUAUCUGUCUUAAUGAACAUGCCCAUAAAAAUGACUGAUAAGUUGUAAAUAUAUCUGAGAAACAAGGGGGGUAGUUUUGAUAUUCUAGUGUCAGUAUGGAAGAUCUUACACUUUUAUUUAAUACUCAGAUGUAUGAAGAUAUUUGUAGCAUAACAGCACAGUAGCCUUUAUGUAGUUUCCUUUGGCUAAUACUGUUUGUUGCAGUGGCCAUUGUUCCCCAUCCCUGCAAAGAAAUAUUAUUUAUUUCACCUUGUAGCCUGAAAUGAAUAGGAAGUAAACCAUGUUACAUUAACUUAUUUCUGAUAUUAUAAAUUAGCCUAGAAUAUUACAGGAACAUGAUUGUUGUAUAAUUUAUAUCAAAACCUUUCUAUAAAUAUGAGCUUACUACUUUUGAAAUGCUUCCGACAUACUUUCUUUGCUGUAUGUGAUCCUUCUCAAAUAUAUGCAAAUCAGUAUGUCUGUUUCUUGGAUAUUUAAAUAGUGAGAUCUUCCAUGUUGAAGGUGAUGUAUUUUCUUUUUUCUUUCUUUUUUUUUUUUUAAGAAGAUUUUUAAAUUACUAUUUUGUUACAAAAACCUAGAGACCUAUUAACAGUUUGAGAGCUCCUUAUGCGCCCUCAGGGAAAGAACUCUCUGUGCAACAGAACUACACAGACCAUCUUCAGCAUGUUCUGGGGGUGAAUAUAUACUACAUAAAUUGAUCUUGUGUAUUUAACCGUAUCUUUUUAAUUUUAAAAUUGCAAUUUUAAAACUUGGUUGUGCUCUGCUGGAGGGGGUUGGGAUAACUGCUUAGAUGUUUGCCUACUUGUCUGGUGAAAUUACAUUUGCAUUUAGUGUAUACCUGCCAACCUUAUUGGUAUGUCUCAGAACAGAUAUAUUGUUUUUUAAAAAAAAAAGCAAAACAAAAAAAUGCUUUUCUUGCAGCGGGUGGUCCCACAGAACAAUAUCUCCCCAACUUGAAAAUUCUUACUACUAACAUAGGAAAUUAUUCUGUAUUGAAUCUUUACUAUGUGUAGUAGCAACUCGCUUUUGUAAUUGUGGGUGUAUUGUGAGGCAAAGGAUUUGGAUAUGUGCCACUUGAAGAGAGCAGAAAAGUGACCCUUUUACACAAAAGUGCCAUGGUAAAGAAGCUAAAAACCAGAACUUAGCUCUGUUUGACAAUAAUUUCUUGUCAUGUAGUCCCUUUCUCAAUAAACAAAUAUACCUACGUGAAUUGAGAGUCAAAAAAUCUCAGGCAUCAGGGAAACUAAACAUCAAUAAUUGCAUGGUAACAUUUCUAUAUGUUGCCUCUGAUCAGAAAUAUUUAAUUCUUUUAACCUGUGGACUUGAAGACUUGACCAGGAAAAGGGUUGACAACAGUCCAGAGAGUAUAGCAUUGUUAAUUUUGAAUGUAAUAUCUUUCUGAGCUCUGUGAACAGUAUGGGUAAUCAGUGGGAUAGGACAAUCCUGUUGCAUAGCCUCAUUUCACACAGGUCAUCAUAAGCUAAUUACUGUUGUAUUUUUUUCCCAAGCAAAUUUAAAGGUGAUGACAAUUUGUAAAACACUUGAUUUCCAAAGCAUUUAAGAGAUCAGUAUCUUAAUGGCAUGGAUAAAAAUUGUACACCAUAUAUUUUAAAGAAAAUUUUAUUUUCAGACACCAAGUGGCAGCAGUUUUUCAAAUAAUUUCAUUGUGUGAAGGGAUACAAUGAGUGUUACUUCACUUUCUAAUAUUGAGUAAUUACCAUUGUCAUGAAUCUAAUCACUUUACCUUGAAUUUGAAGUUGAUGCUAAGGAUAUAUAGCACGUCCAAAUUAUGUGCUAUUUCAAAUUAGUUGUUAUAGAAUGAGUUGAUAAGUGGUGUGCAACCGUUUGCAAGACCUGAAAGUUGAAUCAUUUGACAAGUGUCUCUAUAAUCUCAUGUAGUAGACUUUUGACAAUUGUCAAAAACCCAAGUUGUUUUGUUAGCAUGAAGUACAUGUUUUAAGUAUGAGCUACAUGUGGUUUUUGCACAGUGUCCAAGUAGUACCUAACUCUUCAUUUGAGUCAAUCUCCAGGCAGGAUGUCACCAGUAUUGACAGAUAGAUAAUCAUUAAAGGGGAAAGGGCAACCAAUGGAGAAAUUCCUGGGAAGUGUGCUUUCUAAUAUUUUAGUAAAUAUAAUGUUGGCGGGAUCACUUAUUUUAGAGCAUCCCUCCAACAUAUGAAUCCCUUCUGUAAGCGUAACACACAUGUGUCCAUAUUUCUGAUUAAAUGUGCAAUUAAUCCCUUGGUACUAGAAGUCACCAGUGUCCCUUUGCUGGCAAGGGAAUGUCCUAGACACCUAGUAUCAAGGUUAGUAUGUCAAAAUUUCCCAUAUUAUUCCAAUGACAAUGGAGUUACAUUGACAGUAAUCCCGUGAAUCUUAAAUCAGCAUUUCCCUCACACCACAAUUUUCUAAAAUAAUAUCAAACCAGCAAAACACAAACACUGGCUGCAUAUAGUACUGCCAAAAGCCAAGGUCAUUUGCACAUAUCCCAUCAAUCUAUCAAGAAUUAGGCCUCAGUUAAUCUAAGGCAUGGAAGUGCAUGCGUUCUCUUUAGCUGGGCAAACAAUUAUACUGUAGUUGUGAUACAACACAUGUGGCUUUUAUUGGUACUGCACAUACCCACUGUACAGCCACUUGGGAGUAUCGUGGUUAGCUUGCAGCAUCUGCUGUCUGCAUUUAUACUGUUUAUCGCAUAUUCUUUUCCCUGAAAGUUUAAGAAAAUGUUUUUUCUUGUUGCAUUGAUUACAUUUUAUAAAUUUGCUUAGCUGGAAAGUUUGGGAAAAGAGGCCUGUUUGUCAAUUGUACAACCGAUUGUGAAGCUCUAGUGUGAAUAUUUUUACGUCUGUAUUAGACAUUUUCUUUGCAAAUCUAUUGUUCGAUUGAAAUGUAAAUGAAAUUAAAGAUGGUGUACACCCAUCAUGUAUAAAGCAGGCACCAUCUCUAAGAUGGAUUUAAAUGCUCAUUUUUAAGGCAUAUACUCAGCUUCUAUUUAAAACUAUAAUUUAAAUAAUUCUGUACAAUGAAAUGGGGGAUAUAUAUGGGAAUAAAUUCUAUUCCAUUUAUUUCAAUUUGAAUUUCCAAAUUGUAAUGUUUCUCUUUGUGCUAUAGGAAUAGGAUUAAAUGGGGGAAGGCUUGGACUCUAUACAGGCCUGUAUUUGGGGGGAGGGCAGAGAUGGAACAAUGAGGGUUGUGAUAAUACUGAAUAGCAAAGAGUGAAUUCUGUGUGUUUUUGCUGUAGCACUGAAGUAAAAAGAUAUUAGCUUUGGCUGUUCACAGAAUAGAGCAUCAUGGUUUUCAGUGUUUGAGAGAAAAUUGAUGGAAAAAGUUUGCAGUACUUGACAUGUAUUUGCAUGCACAAAAUAAAAUUAUUUGUCCACCUUGAAAGA